AAAGCCAAGAACGAACAAAAUACCCGUGGCAUACAGGUUUUCACACCGAGUCAUCAAUACUUGGAACCUGCUGCCUGAAGCAGUGGUGUCCGCACCUUCAAUUGACUCUUUCAAGAGAAGACUGGACACUCACAGAAGCAUACUAGAAAAGGAACAACAUAGGCCGUAGGCCCUCUAUCCUUACUACACAAAUCUGAAUCUGAAUCUGAAACCGAGUUUCACCGCGCUAAUUGAGGACUGAGCGUCGUUCAAGAUGUUAGCAUACUCCUACCAAUGUAGAUUACUUUCUACGCGACUGAUUGCUAGAAGUAUUGUACCAAUUUGUCGCCCUAUCACUCAGGAUCAUGCCUUGAAUUCUAAUAAACUUGGAACUGCACCAGCUGUUCAGAGAACCGGUCUGUUACCAUCAUAUCACUGGACAUUUGAACGUAUUCUAGCUGCAAGCAUGUUGCCAUUAUAUCCAGUCGCACUAUAUAUGGAUACCCCUAUGAUGGAUUUUAUAGUAGUGACUGCUGUUUCCAUGCAUUCCUACUGGGGAUUUGACGGUGUCAUCAAAGACUAUGCAUUUGAACGUCGUUAUGGUCCUGCACUGAUGCCUAUAUUACGCACAUUAUGGAAAGUUAUGGCUGGUUGCGGUUAUGCUGGUCUUUUAUAUUUCAAUUUUAAUGACAUAGGAUUUAUUUCAGCCGUGAAAAAACUAUGGGCUUUGUGAAAAUAUUUUUAGUUCCAUUGCUUUGACUUCUCAUUCUGAUAUUUUUAAGACUGCUUAGAUUAUUUGGGUAAUAACUUAUAACCACCAACUUCUUUUAUGUAUUAGCAUGUUGUCCUUUAAUACCCAAAUCUAACAUGGAACUGAUUUUUAAUAAAUAUGUCUGAUUAUAUGAA